CAUAAACAGAACGCCUCAAAAAACCCCAUCUUAAGUUUUUCUUUGUAUCAGAAGCUAACAUGCUUAGCUUAUCCACCAUCUUCGGAUUGCUAGGUAACAUCACAACCGGUCUAGUCUACCUUGCUCCAGUGAAAACAUUCUGGCACAUAGUGCAGCGUCGAUCGACAGAGGAAUUUGAGAGUCUUCCUUAUGUUGUCAAGUUAUUGAACGGAUAUCUCUGGCUCUACUAUGGAAUUAUCAAGCCUAACAGUGUGCUUGUUGCCACUAUUAAUGGUUUUGGUGCUUUUCUUGAGCUUAUUUAUGUCACAAUUUUCUUGCUGUUUGCUCCCCCAAGGAUGAGAGCCAUAACUGCCAUCCUUUUCGUGGUUUUGGACAUUGUGUUUCCAGUGGCAGCAGCGUUAAUCAUUCAGCUGGUGUUGAAGAACACAGAAUUGCGGAUCAGUGUUGUAGGGUUCUUGUGCCUGCUCUUCAGUAUUGCUACUUAUGGCUCACCCCUUUCAAUCAUGAAAACAGUGGUGAUUACAAAAAGUGUGGAGUAUAUGCCUUUUCUACUCUCAUUCAUCCUUUUCAUCAAUGGAGCAACUUGGACCGUCUAUGCAGUGAUUACUAAAGACUGGUUUAUUGGUAUACCAAAUGGGAGUGGAUUUGCUCUUGGGACGGCUCAACUGGUGUUGUAUGCAAUGUAUUGGAAGCCCAAGAAAGAAGAGAAAGCUUUGGAUGAUGGAGAGGAUGGAUGGCAACGUGAGCCCCUCAUAGCAGAAUCCAGUCCGUCGCAAGCAAAAAGGUAAGAGUAAAUUGAAUUUGGAGGAGAAUAUCAUAAUAAAAUAAGUGAGUUUUAAUUUUUUGGCAUUGUAAAUUUCAAGUUGAUAUCGCAUUUUCAGUACUGUUUUAUUUACAAAUUACUCAAUAAAAAAUUAUAUUUUUC